GUCGUCUGUCCCUGCAUCAACGUUCCCUCCAAAUCCUAACCCCCGCGUUCCCCAACGCCAAUUGCAGCGUUUCAGCGUUCCCAACUCUGCUGCAGGCAUGGCUGCUCCUACUGCGUCGCCAGAGAUGCAAUCGUUGGGCCAAGAGGCCAAGGCGCUCGGCACAGAGCCACCGGUCUUGGAAAAACGCCAGACGCCAGAUCGGCAAUCGUCUUCAGAUGAUGUCGCCGCCGCCACGGACGUGAAAAAUGACACCGGCAGUGGUGAGGAUCUGAUUGGAGACGAAGACUCUCCCUACGAGGAAGUCCGCGCCGCCGUCCGAAGCACGGACCCCGGCGGUGUCUGCAACACUCUGCGUGCGUGGGUGCUGGGCAUGAUCUUUGUCACGGUUGGCGCCGGUCUCAACAUGUUUCUUAGCAUGCGAUACCCAGCCAUCAACUUUCCAGCAAUCGUCAUCCAGCUGGUCGUGUAUCCAAUUGGCUGUCUAUGGGCCAAGUGCCUGCCAACCAGAGUCUUCAACACAUUUGGCACGACUUGGACCCUUAACCCUGGCCCAUUCACCAUCAAGGAGCAUGCCGUCAUUACUCUCAUGUCUACCGUUUCCAUCAACUACGCCUACGGUACAGACGCCUUGCUCGCCCUGCAAGGCAAGCCUUUUUACGAUCUCAACAUGGGCUGGGGCUUUUCCAUCCUCUUCCUCCUCAGCUCGCAGCUCAUCGGUAUCGCUCUGUCCGGCCUCUUUCGCCGUUUCCUCGUCUGGCCUGCCGCCAUGAUGUGGCCUGGCCAAUUCGCAACCACCAGUCUCUUCUAUGCGCUCCACGACAAGGGCCAUAGCCUUGGCACUUCUUACAACGGCUGGACCAUGAGCCGCUAUCGAUGGUUCGUCAUUGUCACGGCCGCCAUGUUCUGCUACUACUGGAUUCCCGGUGUCCUCUUCCAAGCCCUCUCUGUCUUUUCAUUCGUCACCUGGAUCCGGCCCAAGAACGUGACCAUAAACCAACUUUUUGGUGGCGUGUCUGGCCUCUCCCUGAUUCCCAUCACCUUUGAUUGGACCUAUGUCACGGCCUACCUCUUGGAUCCUCUCCUUGCACCUACCUUGUCGCACAUCAACGUCCUUAUUGGCCUUUGUGUGUUUGUGCUGUUACCCACCAUUGGUAUCGUGUAUACCGGAGCCAUUUACUCGUCCUAUUUGCCCCUCGUAACCACGCGCGCAUACGACAAUAACCAGACAGCGUACAAUGUCCACAAGAUCCUCACCCCUGAAUUUACCUUUAAUCAGACUGCCUACGAACAGUACUCUCCUCUUUUCCUGGCGCCGACCUAUGCUCUCAAUUAUGGUCUGUCCUUUGCCGCCCUCACCGCUUGCAUUAUCCACGUCGCCAUCAAUCACGGCAAAGAAAUUUGGGUGCGGUUCCGCAAGGCCCGUGAGCAGCCUGCUGAUAUCCAUUUAAAGCUAAUGAAGGCGUAUCCUGAGGUGCCAGAGUGGUGGUAUGCUGCCAUCUUCAUAGGCUCUCUUGGACUUGGCCUCGCCUGCGUGCUCGCCUACCCAUCCCAGCUUCCAUGGUGGGGGUUCUUCUUGUCCAUCAUCCUCGCCACUGUCUUUAUCCUUCCAUCAACCAUGAUCUUUGCCGUCUCCAACAUCACUCUGAGCUUGAACGUCCUGUCGCCAUUCAUCGCAGGUUUUGCCAUUCCUGGUAGACCCAUUGCCGUCAUGAUGUUCAAAGUCUACAGCACCAUCACCCUCGGCCAGGCCCAAACAUACCUGGGUGACCUAAAGAUGGCUCACUACAUGAAGAUUCCCCCUCGUGUCAGCUUCUGGUGCCAACUUAUCCCGUCCAUCUGGGUCUGCUUCGUACAGAUUGCCGUCAUGAACUGGACGCUUGGCACUAUUCCCAAUGCAUGCGAACAGGACCAGGCAAACCAUUUUACUUGCCCCAAUGGCCAAGCGUUCUUCACUAGUAGCAUCGUAUGGGGUGUCAUUGGCCCUCGCCGCAUGUUUGGUGUAGGCAGCAACUAUGUCCAGUUUAACUGGUUCUGGCUUCUCGGUGCUGGUCUACCCGUCUUGUUGUAUGUCCUCACCAAAGCGUUUCCCAAGGCUCCCUUUCGCCAUCUUUCUGCGCCCCUUUUGCUUGGAGGCAUGGCCUGGUUGCCUCCCGCGACGCCCCUCAGCUUCUCAUCUUGGGCCAUGUUUGGUCUCAUCUUCAACUACUGGAUCCGUAGACGAUGGAACGACUGGUGGAGAAGCUACAACUAUAUCACGGCGGCUGCCUUGGAUGCCGGCCUUGUAAUCAGCACAACCAUCAUCUUCCUUGCCAUUACUCUUCCAGAGGUCACUAUUCCUCAAUGGUGGGGUAAUACAGUUACGGGCACUACGCUAGAUGCGACGUACAAGGCCAUCUCCAAGAAUGGACAUUUUGGGCCUGAGAAAUGGUAAUCCGGUAGCGGAGCUAUUCACUUCUUUUUAUUCAUUCUUUCGAUUAUAUAUAUAUAAUCACGUAUUUAGCACUUCAAAUGACGUAUCAGGAACAUAUUUAUAUUCAGCUCAAUCCCUCAGCGCCUCUGUGAUCAAUUCACAAAUCUAUAAAGCUGAAUACGCAAAUAUGUAGUAGUGAACACUCGCAGUAAAGGAUAACACAAUAGAUUAUCGGGGGAAAAAUGAAUAGAAAUUUAUGUGUUCUCAACGAUUAAUAGUAAAAGAAUGAGAAAAAUAUAGCAUGUCAUUCUUCACCAAAGGGGUUUUUACGCGGGACUUUGA